UGUUCUUAUAUGAUGCAGCUGGCCCUAACAGGGGUCCCUGGUUUGGACUCGAUGUACAUACAUGUGCAUUUUGAACUGCGUGGAAUGUGACAGGAAAAGGCCAGUUCUGCUAUCAAUUUCCCUGUCCUCCAUCUCCAGUUCCCCUCGGGAAUCUGCCGGAAAGUCGCCUUCAGAAGCUCAAUUCCAGUCCAUUCCAGACUUGUCAAUGUCGACCGUAGGGCGUAUCUUCGGAGUCUGGACCGAAUAAGUGUGUAAUCUGCUCGGGAGUGACCCCGCCAUGUCAAUCAAUUUAUGCUGUACAUAAACUGAUAAAAGGACGCCGAGAUCCCGCUGAACUCGAGUCCUUGAUCCUGUUGCUACAAUCAGUCACACGCAAUACAAAUAUAGACUGUUUCUCGAUACGUCUAGAUAAAUCUAGAUACAAUGCCUACCAUCAUUCUUGGAGGAGGCAUUAUCGGCGCCUCAAUUGCAUACUACUUGUCUGCGCAGAACCCCAAGGAGGAGAUUCACAUUGUUGAAUCUUCGUCUCAACUCUUCAGUGCUGCAUCUGGGUACGCAGCUGGUUUUUUGGCUAAGGAUUGGUUCGCCCCUUCUUUAGCCCCUUUGGGGGCUCUGUCAUUCGAUUUGCAUGACGAACUUGCCGUUCAGAAUGGCGGAGACAAGAAAUGGGGGUACAUGAAGGGGACGGCAUUCAGUCUUGAUGUUGCUUCCUCCAAGAAGAGCGGCGCUCGCGGAGAUGACUGGCUACGGCAUGGUACGAGCAGGGCGGAGACUGCAGCAGGGUCGGUAGAAGGAGCAGAUUAUGAGCCACCAGCUUGGUUGACGAAGCAGAAGGGGGGAAGUGUGGAGAAAAUUAGCAGUGGCAAUGACACGGUUGCACAGGUUGAUCCAUUGCGCCUAUCCCAGUAUCUUAUGGAUACAUCUAUAUCCCGCGGAGUUAAGCUUCACCACCCAGCCAAAGCCGUUUCGCUUGUCACAGACCAAGGGGCCGGCACUAUCACUGGGGUUAAGAUUUUAAACUUUAGCACCAAGAUAGGGUCUACACUUCCUUGCACGAAACUGAUUGUCGCCGCGGGACCAUGGACACCAGGAGUGUUCAAGGAACUCUUCCCCUCAUCAAAAGCAUCUUUGCCUAUCUCUCCUCUCGCGGGAUAUUCCCUUGUUUUCCGUUCUCCACGAUACACGCUCGCACGUGAACGGGAAACAUACCAAGGCCGCAGCCAUGCCGUGUUCACGACACACCCAUCGUCGUGUGGGUUCAGUCCUGAAAUAUUUUCCCGAGAAGGCGGCGAAAUUUAUAUUGCGGGCCUUAAUAGCACGGAGAUCCCUUUACCACCAAGGGCUGAGGAUACUCACAAACUCAUCGAUCCGGCAGAACAAGCGAAAUUGAGAGAUGUGACCGUCCGCCUCAUGGGGAAGCUGGCUGAUGGGCACGAAGAAUCCACCGAUGAGGCCGCCAAUAUAGAUGAUUUAGAGACUCUCCGCGAAGGUCUGUGUUUCAGGCCUGUUUCUAGCCGUGGAGUGCCUAUUGUUUCCAGAGUUACAGAUGAGUUGCUUGGUGGAGGCAUCAAGGGUGAUGUUUUCGUUGCUUCUGGCCAUGGACCUUGGGGAAUUUCGCUUGCUUUGGGGACUGGGAAAGUGAUUGCAGAGAUGAUCGAGGGACUGCAGCCCUCUGCUGAUGUGAGUGGGUUAGAGAUCUGAGGUUCAUAUUGAGUUGUACAUCCGUAAAUCUGCAUUUAUUCUGCACAUAUAUGUCAAGAACAUAAUCAUGAAUUCAAGAUAUCCCGAACCCUUGUAGAGGCCUGAGGCAGAAUAAUCUAGAUACGAUUAGUCAUCCAAAUUGCCA